UUUUCAUCAAAGAAAGCCGACCAUAAAGUGCAUGCAGUACGAUUACAUUAACUGAUAACUCCUUUCCUGUUUUGAAGAACAUAGUAAAAACAACAAUGGUUGGAUCAAAGAGAAGUUCCUUAUUUGUGCUGAUCACUAUUACUCUUGCUCUUCUUGGCAUGGCACGGCUUUGCCUGUGUAGCAAACUCAGCUAUGGGUAUGAGCCCGCGGGUUACUUAUAUCCGCAGUACUACGAGCGGUCGUGCCCAAGAGCACAUGAGAUCGUCAAGAAUGAGGUUGCCAAGGCCGUUGCUAAAGAAGCGCGCAUGGCCGCUUCUUUGUUGAGGCUCGUCUUCCACGACUGUUUUGUCCAGGGGUGUGAUGCAUCACUACUACUAGACAGCAGUAGAGGCAUAACAAGUGAGAAGAAUUCUAACCCCAACUUAAACUCAGCUCGGGGUUUUAAUGUGAUUGAUGAUAUCAAAAGUGCCUUGGAGAAGGAGUGCCCUCAAACGGUCUCUUGCGCUGAUAUUCUUCAACUUGCUGCCAGAGAUUCUACCCUUCUGAGUGGUGGACCGUAUUGGGAAGUUCCCUUAGGAAGGAGAGAUUCAAGAAGUGCGAGUUUGAGCGGUUCAAACAACAACAUUCCCGCACCAAACAACACCUUCCAGACCAUUCUCACCAAGUUCAAUGCUCAGGGCCUUAAUUUGGUCGAUCUUGUAGCAUUAUCUGGGAGUCACACAAUAGGGAAUUCAAGAUGCACAAGCUUCAAACAAAGGCUAUACAACCAAUCCGGAAAUGGGCUGCCGGACUCCACCUUGGACCCAUCUUAUGCUGCUCAGCUGCGCUCGAAGUGCCCCACCUCCGGCGGAGACAAUAACCUCUUCUUCUUGGACUAUGACAGUCCAACUAAGUUUGACAACUUCUACUUCAAGCACUUGUUGGAAAACAAAGGACUUCUCAACUCCGACCAAGUUCUGGCCACCCACAACAAUGAAGCUUCUUGGCAGCUAGUCAAAGCUUACACAGAGAACAAUGAGCUUUUCUUGAUUCAGUUCGCCAUAUCAAUGGUAAAGAUGGGAAACAUUUCUCCUUUGACUGGUUCAAAUGGUGAAAUCAGGAAGAACUGUAGGAAGAUUAACUCCUAGUUACUAACAAAAAUACCAAAUAUUCUGUCAUGUAUUAUCAUUCGUCUUUCCAUUCCUCUGUCAUGAAUGAAGUUUGUUUGAAUAAAAAAUAACAUAUCCUACUUCCUAAAAAUCCCUUU